AUGCUGCUCCCGACGCUGGUGACGUGCCUCGCCGGGUGCGCCUUUCUCCUGUCGCCGGUCAGUGAGGGCUGCGGACCCGGUAGAGGGUAUGGCAAAAGGAGGUCACCGAGGAAGCUUGCGCCGCUCGCCUACAAGCAGUUCAGCCCCAACGUCGCCGAGAAAACUUUAGGGGCCAGCGGGAGAUACGAAGGGAAAAUAACCCGGAACUCUGAGCGCUUCAAGGAGCUCACACCGAACUACAACCCCGACAUCAUCUUCAAAGAUGAAGAGAACACAGGUGCAGAUCGCAUGAUGACACAGCGCUGCAAAGACAAGCUGAACUCUCUGGCCAUCUCGGUGAUGAACCUGUGGCCCGGGGUCCGGCUGCGGGUCACAGAGGGCUGGGAUGAGGAUGGCCAUCACUCAGAGGAGUCGCUGCACUACGAGGGCCGGGCGGUGGACAUCACCACCUCAGACCGGGACAGGAACAAGUACGCCAUGCUGGCACGUCUGGCAGUGGAGGCCGGCUUCGACUGGGUCUACUAUGAAUCCAAGGCUCACGUCCACUGCAGCGUCAAGUCAGAGCACUCAGUGGCGGCAAAAUCUGGAGGUUGUUUCCCGGGCGAGGCCUCGGUCACCCUGGAGGAUGGGGGUCAGAGGUUGAUGCGUGACCUGCGGCCGGGUGAUCGCGUCCUGGCCUCGUCGGGAAGCGGAAGCGAUGGUGAGCUGGUGUACAGCGAAGUCCUGGCUUUCCUGGACCGCGACCCUGUGACCCGGAAGCUGUUCUACACCAUUGGGACGGAGGCUGGUGCCAGCCUGUCGCUCACAGCCGCCCACUUGCUUUUUGUAUCUGAGGGGAACUGUUCGGAGGGGGCGCCACCCAUCCACAGCACCCUGAGGACUGUGUAUGCGAGCGACGCCCGGCAGGGACAGUGUGUGCUGGUGUCGCAGGGUGAAGCGGGACAGAGGCACGGCCAGGGGCGGCUCUCCCGGAUCACCCAGGUCAGUGUGGGGGCGGGCACGGGGGCGUACGCACCCCUCACUGAGCUUGGCACAGUGGUGGUGAACAGCGUGGUGGUGUCCUGCUACGCAGCGGUGGACCAGCACACCCUGGCCCACUGGGCCUUCGCACCGCUGAGGCUGAUGCACAGGUGGACCGGUACCACCGGGCACCAUAGCAACGGGCUCCACUGGUACUCGCAGCUCUUACACUGGCUGGGGCGGCUACUGCUGGACUCGGGACAUUUCCAUCCAUGGGGCGUAGAUCAGCCCGGGACGUGAGACAGGAAGAGGAAGAUGAAAGAGGCAAAGCGGGUACAAUGGGAAGAAGAUGUGACCCAUUUUUCAUUUGAUGGAUGCUUUUUUCCAAAGUGUGCAAACAUUUUUAACACAGGGGACCUCUGACACUGCAACAAGGAUACACCCAAGUACUUUUAUCCCCAAUAUCCCAGGACCGUGAUCAGGUCUGUGACGGUGGUGUCCCUCCCUGAGAAAUGGGAGAAGGUCUGAGUCCUCCUGAGUCCCUUUUUAGGAGUUUUUAGCCUGGAACACAAGGAGAGAGUAUGUGGACUGACACAGAUCAACUCUCCCACAACAUAAGACACAGACAGUGAGCACAGAGUGAAAAUGACCACGCAAAACUGCACAAAUAUGGACGCAUUAAUGGCAUUUGUGACACUUCUGUUCACAGGGACGUGGUGUUCAUUCCCAGGAUACAUGAGCUUUAAGAAAAAAAGCAAAAAAAAACUCUCUUUGAAGCAACUGAAAUUUUCUUUGACAUGCAUAAUAUUUGUCAUCCAACGAGAUAUACUGUAUGUAACAUUACUGUUCAAUACUCCGCAGCUGAAUAUAAAGAUUUUUAGGAUGAAUUAUAGUGUGUAUUUAAGUGUUUUUUGCAAUAAUGUAUUAUUUGUUUACAGAAAUCUGAAAAAAAUGUUUAUGAGGUUAUUAUGGGUGAAUAUUAAAAGAUCUAUU